ACUCAAAUUCUUGUUUUGUUCUUUGAUUCACAAACAUAUUCUUAUAAUUUAUCAAUGGCUUCUAUCCAAAUCAUCAAUGAGAAUAUUAUCUUCAAAUGUAAAAGAACCCUUCAAAUUUUCACCACCACCCUUCUCAGCCUCCUUCUUCCCCUCUCCUUCCUCCUCCUAGCGCGUCUCACCACCGCGGAUUAUUACUUAUCCGGGAAUGGUUUUCUGGUCGCUGAGCCACCGUCGACGGUCUUUUUCUCGCUUCUCCUCAAUUCCAUCCCACUCAGCCCUCUUCAUGUACUCGUUUCGGUUAUAUGUGUCGCUGCCUUGGUCCACACGUUGAACGAAGGCCGGAUCACUCUCCCUACCUUCUCCGUUCCAUCGCAAACCACCGCGAGACCGCGGUUGUACACCGCCUGGAUUGUUUUGUGCACCUUGCAGGUUUGUGUCGGUUUGGGGAUCGAAGGGAGCAUAGGGGCCGGAAUCGAAGGAUCAAGCUUCGGUCAUGAACGAAACUUAGUAUGUCGGAUUGUGUUCUUCUUGGGAUUGCACGCGACAACGGUGUAUUGGUGGAGGACGAUUGUGAAGCCGGUGGUGGACGAUACGAUGUUCGGGUUUGAGAUGGAGGAAGGGUGGGUGGAAAGGGUGGUGAUGGGUGGCAGUUUGGGUGGUUUGUGGUGGUGGAGGUUGAGAGAUGAGGUGGAGUCAUUGGUGGUGGUAACGGAGUUGAAGAGAGAGAUGGGUGUGGGAAUUGGUGUGGUUGACUUGAUGGGUUGGUGGUUGUAUUAUUUGGUUGUAACAAUUGGGAUUGUUAGGGUGAUGAAAUGUCUCAUUUGGUUUGGUGUUGUUUUGCUUUACCAGAAGGUAGAACAAGUAAAAGAUGACAAUGACUCCCUUAGCGUUCAAGAAAAAGUAUAACCUUCAUGUGUUUAUUUUCUUUGUUUUUUAUUAUUAUUAUUUUUUUUUGUUAAAGUUCUCAAACGAAAUGGUCAUAUGGUCAUAUGAUAUGUUACUAAUGUUCAUAUUCCUCCUUAUUGAUACCCAUAUUAAUUAGUGUUUUGUAUGUGUGUAUCUAAAAUUGUGGUUAUUUUUUAUUCAUGAAGAAAAAACUAUAAGAUAA